GCUGAUCUCUCAAUUCUCAAAUGUUUCCGAUUUCUGUUAGUGUUUCAAUACAACUUUCAAUUAUAAUUAUGUCUGAUUUAUGUGUAGUUUUUGUCAUGAUACAUCGAUGUUGUUAUCAAACGCUUCUCUUAGAACGAUUUGGAUGUAUAGUUGUUUUAAUAUAUCGUAAGAUUUUUAAUACAGGCACACCGUCACCACGGAAAAAACGAAACAAUUCGACACCAACAAAAAAGAACGCAGCAGAAAAGAAGCAAAUACUCCAACAACUUAUCAGCCCAGCGUCGGGCAACGACCACUCAAAAAAAAUCACAAUAGGAGAGUUGAUACAAAUGUCGGAGAAAAGGACACUCAACACAGUAGAAAGCGCACCUGCUUUUGUCGACUACGGUAUGGAAAAUAAGGAAACAUCAUUCGCCAGUGAAGGAUCUUCGCCGUCCACGUCUCCUUCGAUGAGACACUUAGCAGAUCCUAAAUUAGAAAAGAAGGUCACUUUUGCCAGACUCUUGAAUAAGGUCUCCGCAGAAAUGAGCUCUAGUUCAGAAGUAGAUAUGGUAAAUACUAUAAUGAUCCCCAUGUCAGUGAUAGCUGAUAGAGGAAUAAAAGUGAAAGCUUCAAGCACUCCUCCCUCGCCUGGAGUGGAAAUUAGAUCUCCCCACAGCACAUCCAGUAAUCAAGGCAGCGACUCCAUGUCCAGUCUCGAUUUAACAUUAGCUCACGCUGCUCUGAAAAAAUACUCAAGAACACCGAAAAUAUCAAGUGCAGACUCUAUACUCGCAAUGUUCCGCAACUUCUCUUCAUCAUCUGCUGCGAUCGUUUCACGCGCGUCAUCGGGUGGAGUUUCUAUAUCAAGCACUCCCUCUGCCUCCUCACCGCAAGAUGAUACAGUAGACGCUGAUGACAUAUCACUGGCUUCCUCACAUAUACCGUCACUGGCACCAGAUUCACCAGUUUCAAGACCGCACAAUACUAUUGAAAUACAGGUACUCGAUCCCCUUAGUGCUCAUAAAUCCUCUUCUUCUGGUAGUAAUUUACUGCACCCUCCAUCUAUCCUGCUCGAAGUUCCAAGUGGAAUCAACAAGUGUUUGUCACCUAUUAGAGAACUCCCUACCCCACUUCCCACCCCUCUACCUACACCACUACCAACACCUCUUCCUUCUCCUAGAUUGCCUAGAGCUAGCAUGGAAUCUGACGCGAAAAGCGAAUCUACGGCUACAUGUAUGUCACCAAGUGAAGAUGAGUUAGAUGAAAUCAAGUGUGAAAUUAAACCUGACAGACCUAUUUCCGGAUUGCGAUUAAGGUUACUACAGCCUGCUAUCGGCACUGACACACCGACACCGUCCACACACGUAACAGACUCACCCAGCCCAAGUUUUACUCAAAGCCAAGACUCGGAGCGUGAGAUGUCGUCACCGUCACCCGCUCCUCCUGUGCUACGAGUUCCAAUCCUGACUAUAGAACGGCCUUCCCCCGGAUCUCCACCACCAAGACGCACCCCUCCGCAUUUGGAAUUUCAACCACCGCCGCUAAUUACGGUCACGUAUAAUGCAAGCGAAGAAUCUGACGAGCCAAUGUCACCUAGGCCGCCACCCCCAAGCAGUAAUAUGUGCUACUUAAGCCCUUUUUCAAUGUCGGCUCGAGGAGAAAGGGCACCUUCAGAAUCUAACCUUUCCUCAUCUGGAUACAGCUCCAUGGCUAGCCCUGGCCCUUCUAGAUGCGGUUCUAGUAAUCCACUGUGCCCAUCAGAAAUGGAAGACCCAGGCUCAGGUGGCGGUCCUUCUUGUUUUCAAUCCAGAAGACGUCCACUGAUGAAAACUAAUUCUAGUCCGGCAACCUCAAAUGACGAUUCUAAAGAGAGAAGACGCGGAAGAUCCGAUUCUGAAACUUUGUCUGAUGAUCCGUUACUUGAAUCCAAUGACGAAGGUAUCGGAACUGAUGAAAGAGUAGACGAUGUUCCGUCCAGUGCUAAGGAAUUGGAAACAAUGGUUGCCUUGAAGGAAUCCCUGGAGAUACCACUAACCAUCUGCUCGCCUAGUGGCGUGACGAAAUGUUCAAUAGUGAAAUGCAUAAGUGUUGAAAGAGGUUUGGAUGAAAAGGCUUGUUUGAAACCACCUACUCUACUCUCUGAUUGCAGUCGACCGUUAAGUCCAGUAAGUUCUAGAAGCGAAAGUCCUUUGAGCGACAAAACGGGUCUGGGGAGAUUUUCACCUCACUUUUACGGUAGACAACUGCCAUUUACGGAUUCCGAUGGUCUAUAUGACUUUCCGAGUUCGGAGUGUGUGAAAGGGAACUAUUGUAAGUCGGCAACCAACAACCAGAAGAAGUCCGGGAGGAAAAGAGAUAGAAGGACAACGAGAACAAUAUCUCACGAGGUCACCGGAACGACGAAAUCUACGCUGCCACAUAUGCCUCACUCUAUGCACAACUUGCUGGAAGUUCCAGGAUGUCGCGAAUCUACCACCCGCAGUCGUAAGGGCGGUCGGCGCCGCUCCCGCUCCCAGGCCCCCGCGCCCCCCUCUUCAUCAUCAUCAGAGGACUCCGUCUCUAAUGCCUCGGUGGCUUCAGUCGCGUCAGCCAGAGAACUGAGGCUGCCAGACUUGGAAAUGCAGGUACAGGACACAUCGUCGAAAAUAUCUUCAAGCUUGGAUCUAACCGAAGACACACGCAAGCCGGCGAAGAUUAACAAAUUGAGAACUAUCAGUAACCAAAUAAGAUUCCUUCGACGCCUUGAAAGGAGUCUGAAAAUGAAGGUGAGCUACCCGGCACUCUCAGACGACGAAGGAGACGAAUCUUCCAGCGUAACCUCACCACUUCUGCAAGGCAGAAAAGACCUCAACCGGAUGCCAACUCACGCGAUAUCAGCCCCUCUGCUCGGCGGCAUAAGACCCAAAAUCACGCGGCAACGACGCUACGACAGAUCCUUAGUGAGCGAAGACACGAGGACAUUAAAUACUGCGGUGGGACUAGAAAAUUCAGAUUAAAAACUCAAGUCAAUAUACUUCAAGUGCAUUUAGUAAUACACAUAAUAUGAUACAGGUACAUUAUCUAGUAUUCUUCUGUUCGGUACUCGUAUGUUACUACUUAGCUAGAGUAACAAAAUAUGGCAUUUAUAACAGAUACAUUUCGCACGGUCAGAAAAGUGUCGAAUUAUGGAAUACAAUACAAGAUUCUAAUCUAAUGUGAUACGAUAUUUAUGUAAGACACGAAUCGUGAGUAGUAUUGAUUUCGGAUACGUAGAGAUAGAAAACUUAUAGAGUAGUCGCAUAAAAUUAUCAAAUUUAAUUUGGAUUUAUUUCAACUUUUGAUGUUUCAACCUUUUUACUCGAAGGGUUCGCUUAACUGUGUAUGUAGGUGAUUUUCUAAUAGCAAUAACUCAUUUGUAGAGACUAGAGAACGUUUUACUGUAGAUAAACUUGUAGAUAUUUAUUAUAAGUAGAUCCCAUUUAUUGUAACUUAUUGUUGAUUCUCAUUUUGUCAGUGUUGAGUAUUAUUGUUUUCUCUGUGUCAUACCUAUAUAAUAUUUAGUGACUUUCCUUCGCUAUAAGUUAAUGUUUGUUUAAGUAAUGAACUACUAUGUAAAUAUGCUUUUUUGUAAAUAUAUAUUAAACGUAUUGCUCAAAUGCAUAUUUUGUGAAAUCGUUUUUUGCGCACUUUUUGCUACUUUGUAAAUAGUUCGAACGUACUUAUAAUGGUUAAUUAUGUAAGUAACAGGACUCGAGAGAAAUUUUCAUUUUCUUGAAUGUGUUAUGAAAUUGUAAUAAUUGUAAAUGUUUAUUAAAUAUAAAAUGUAAUGAAAGGCCCAAAAAAAAUUGGUAUACCAAAUGCACAAUUACUAAUUAUGUACAAUCAUAAUGUACAAGUGUAUGAUCACACUAAUUUAUAGUAAGAUGAUUGUAUAUUUAUAGAAUAUAAACCUGUACCUAUACCUGACGCACCAAUAGCAUAGUAUCAGCAAUAUUAUCAUUAUUAUAUGUAUAAUCAUACACACUGCAUUUAUAUUAUGUACUUAUAAUGUAUUUUUCCCGCACAAUAUGUACUGCCCACUUUUUCAAAUAUAUAAAUUUUCCGUUCUAAACGUACUUAGCUCUAUGCAAAUCGAAUCCUGUAGCCGUAACCUGUUUAUAAUUCCUUUCUGCUUCUAGAAUAUUCCCCUACGUUUUUGUAAAGUUACCUGUAAUAGCAAUAAUCACAAUAAAAUAUAACAAAUAGAUGCCUUUUGUAUGCCUCAACGACAUUGUAGAUUUCUUAGAUAUACAUAGUUGUAGCGUCCUGAAAAUCGAUAAGUAGAUAGAUAACCUAUCCAUCUUAUACAUUGAUGUGUUUGUAAUAUAAUAAUCGGCCUUCAUUUUUA